AUGCUCGAGAUUGUCACCUCGGCUGAUAGAGCAUCGGUCGAGAGACUCAGAGCGAAAAAUUGGCGGAUACAUUACUUAUUCGGCCAAACAAAUCUUCGCCUUAAGGGACCAAACACAACGGCCGAGAGGAGAGAAGCACCUCAGGCCUCAACCUCUGGUCCGGCGCCGAAAAGGCCCAAAGGGAAGGUAAAGAAGAAGGUGGUGAAACCUUCAGGCAAUGAAGUGGCCACAAAACCGACCACCAGCUCUGGGGGAGGGGUGGUCCGCAAAGGCAUAAACCUCCAGCACUCGAAGGCAGCCUCUAGUGCCUUAUGCUGGAGAACAUCUAGAAGGCAUGUUGAUAUAGGGCUGAUACAAGAGCCCUGGAUCAAUGGAGGCCAAGUAAGAGGCCUACCAAACAAAGUAUAUCAGACGAUAUACUGUGAUAAGUCAGUAAGUCCAAGAGCUCUAAUAAUACUCAGAAGGGGACUAACCUGUCUUCCACUUACAGAGUUCCUGACAAGGGAUCUUGCUGCGGCAUUGGUUGAAGUGCGAACUGAGAGCAUCAAGAGGCAGCUGGUUAUCGCCUCAGGAUAUUUUCCAGGAGACGCCAUCAGCCCACCACCGGAGGAAGUACAACGCCUCAUCGAAUGGUGCCGCAUGGAGAAGAAACAACUGAUUAUGGGCUGCGAUGCGAACGCACACCACAAAGUAUGGGGCAGCACAGAUAUAAAUCAUAGAGGCACAGAGGAAAAAUAUAUCCCAGCAAAAAAUGCAUUAGUAUUGAUGGCAAGAGGAAUAAACGAUAAUUGGAAGCAGCCAUUAGGAUAUUAUUUUUUGAAUACAUCCUGUAGUCCAACAGACCUGAGUGGAAUUAUUGGAGAUUGCAUCGACAAAAUGGUUGAAAUAGGACUUGAUGCAAGAGUCCUAGUGUCUGAUUUGGGCUCUAACUUUGUUGCAUUUUCAAAAAAUUUAGGUGUAACUGAUAAAUGUAUAUACUAAAUUUGAUAUGAAUGGAAAGGAAUUGUAUCAAAUAAAAAAAAGCAAAUA